AUGUCAAAAUCGGUUCUAUCAGCUCUGAAUGAAAACAAAUGUGGUCGUGAUCUUAUUGUACUUUCUUCGAUUUUGGAUGUUUUGAAUUCUCCGUCGAUGUUAAAAACAAUACCUACUUCGUUGAAAAAAUCCGAAGGAGAUUUCAUGACCGUAUUGAAUGUUAUGAAUGAAAUUCUGCUAAUAAAAAAAAGUGUACCUGCUCAACAAUUUAAAUUAUCUAAAAUAUGUCAAGCUAAGAAUUUAAUGGCAAUCGCACAUAUUUUAAAACAAGCAUUAAGAAGAUAUACAAAUUUAGAAAAAUUAUUUAAUCUGUCAAGUGAAUAUCGUGAAAAAGCACAGAUUUCGAGUAAUGAUUGGGUAUCCAUUGCAAAAUCUUUGUUAAAUGGAUAUCGAGAAAAUGUUUUUGUUUCAAUGAGAGAAUUGCAAGGAAAAACUCAUUUAUUUACACGAUAUUCUCCGCCAAAACAAGAUGUGGCUGUAUUAGAUCUUCAAUCAACUCUCAGUCGACCAAUAACUUCGUCGCCUGUGUCACUUGUUCUUGCUCGUGAUGUACGUUUCUCAUCUUCAAAACGAGCUGAAGCGGUUCUGUUAUUUGUAGGCGAAAUUAAAUCGCAAUGGAUCGAUUAUACGUUUCAAAGAACAAUAAAAUUAAAUGAAGCUGAAGAAAAAAAAUUCAAUUCUGAUAAUAUUCUAUCAGCAGCAAAACAAAUAUUUCCAAAUAUAAAAAUACAAUUGAAUAAGCAUAGUCUUAGUUUAGAAGGUUCAGCAGGUUCUGUUCUCGAUGCUGAACUUGAUAUUUUACAACAAUUAGUUGUUGAAAUGAAAUUUACACUGAAAAAUGCAUAUGAACCAAAUAAAAAAGAUGAUCAUGAGCGUAUGAAAAGGAAUCUCGAGGGCGUUUCAAAAAUGCCCUUUAUAUUUAAUCCAAUGAAAUGGCGUUGGGAAGCUGAACAACAAGUUGAAAUCUCUGUUAGUAAUAAUGAAAUAAAUGAUCAAUGCGAAAUAACAAUUGCGGGACGAGAUUCACAAAAUAAAUUGGUGCAAAAAGAACUUGGAUCAUUUAUAGGAUGGUUAACAAGGUGUGCUGUUAUUCGAAGCCCUAAUGCAGGCGUUUCACCACGAAUUCUUAAACCAGCCAUGCGAAAGACAUGUCUCGAUAUUGAAGAGAGAAUCUCUCAUGUUACCGAUGUUAAACGAACAUCGAAUGAAUUAUGGAAAAGUUUGAAUGGUUCAAAGGCAACGCGUGAAACACGAAUGGAGGUUGUUGCAUGGAUAGCUGUUUGUCAAUUUGAUUGUCGAGUUGAAGGUGGUUUUGUUCGUGAUUGGAUCGUUGGAAAUUACAUAGCUCGUCCAAAUAAAGAUCCGUCAGCUUGGUUAGAACCUGGACCUAAUCCAAAAAUCCCUGCACUAAAUAAAGAUUUAGUUCCAUCAGAUCUCGAUUGUCAUUUACCGUCGGAUAAAUAUUUUGAUAUUGAGAAAUUUUUGGAUAGUCUGCACAAAUAUCAAAUUGAAUAUGAAGUUGUUCGAGAAGCGUGGCGUUACGUGCUAAUAAUAGACAAAACUGCUAAAACGGGCCCAUUCACAAUGGAUUUAAUCGAACCACAUAUUGUAGUAACGCAAGAUCGUAUUGAUUUGGAUGUUAGUAAUUUGUCAUUAGAAAAAGAUUAUACGAAAGAAUUAGGAAUGAGAGUUGAUAUUACAAGUAAAUCGUAUUCCAUUGAAUUAGAAGCUAUUGUUGAUAACAUAAAAAAUAAACGCUUUCAAGUGCUACGACCAAUUGAUGAUUUUCUUCAACCUCGUAUUGAUAAAAUGAAAAGUCGAGGUUGGACGCAACUUGGACAACCUAUGCAUGUUAUUCCAAAUCCACCACCGAAAUAUCCAGCUGUUCUUGUUCCUUUGCAUGAGUCAACAACAGCAUAUAUAACUGUACUUACAAAAAUGAAAUCUUCGAUUAGUAAUCAAGUUGAAGUGUUAUCUAUCGUACAAAUAAAAAAUCCUUCAUUGGAAGAUGCUUAUCUAGCAACAAAACAGUUGAUCGCUAAACAAUGUAAAGGGGAAAAUCCGAACGAACGUGAAUUAUUCCAUGGAACAAAGGAUGACGGCAUUGAUGGAAUUUACAAGGAUGGAUUCGAUGAUCAAUACUGUAAAGAAAGAAAAUGGGGUCGCGGUGCUUAUUUUUCUGAUAAUCCAAAUGUUUCGCAUAGAUAUACUGAAGCCAACUCGACCGACCGCACGCGGAUCAUGUAUUAUAAUAAAGUAGUAUUGGGAAAAGAAUUUAUCAUUGACGAGAAAGAUAAAGAUAUGAUAUCGGCAGGACAAGGCUAUCACUCAACGCAUGGGAAAAGUUCUGAUAAACCAAAUGAUAUUGAAUAUAUUGUACGUCGAUAUGCACAAGCAUUGCCAUAUUUAAGAAUAACUUAUAGAGAAUAA